UCUCUUCAUCAGCCUGCUUGCUCGUAAUUCGGCGCAGAACUUCACAAUCUCUCAACCUAGCCGAGCCCGGCAUUCCUCCUUGAACAAAAUUUGAAAGCAAACAACUAGGUUCAUCAUUUGGAAGUAAAACGAAACGACUAACCGGCAAAGCCACGAGAUCAAAGGUUUCAUCAGAACAAUCAGAAAUGGAGAUGUCAGCAACUAGCUUACUCCCAGCUGCAGCCUCAAUCUCUAGCUGCGGUUCCACUGAGGCAACAGUGACCUUUGCACCAGCUCGCCGCAGAACAUCGAUUAAUAUCACAGCUUCCAUUUCUUCAGUGCCAAAUCCAAUGGGAACAAGGACCUGCAAGGGAGGCGCGGCGGAGAUGGGAGCGGUGGAGUCGGAAUUACUGGUGGUUGGAGUCGUGGGUAUUUGAGGGGAAGCCGUCUGGGAGAUGGGUUUCGAAGAGCGGUUUCUCGGAGCGGCUGAUUUUCGCCGUGAGGGAGAUUCCAUCACGGAGGCGCAAGUCAGAGACGAAGGAGGAGUGACAGCCAUUGAAUAAUAGAACUUGAGAGAAGGAAGCUUUGCAGGACAUAGCGUACAGAAGAACGACUCCAUUGAUGCCUCUCGAAUUGAUUUGCUUCCCUGUGCCGCUUAACAGGAAAGGCGCGCGACCAUUUUUGGACUCUUCACUUAACUCUAGGCUCGUCCCCCUUAUCCGAAACUUAAAAAAAAUGAAAAUGGAUUUACUUUCUGCUAAUUAGUACAUCAUUGCUGUAGAGAGAGAAUCGAAAAAAUAUAAGAAAAACACACAUGAUUAUUAGGCAAUAGAGCAGGCCAACGCAGCAAUGGAUUAGAUGAGGAUGACACCUACUGCAUCCGAUCACUGAAGAUUGAAGAAAGAGAGAAGAAGCGGAGAAAAGGCACAUACAUAUAUAAUAAAUACCGUCGGGAAGGGAAGAAGAAGAACGAAGUACAGAGUGGAUAGAAACUGCAAGAUCCCUACUUUUGGAGGAAAAACGAGGGAGACGUUGAGAAGGGGAGAUAUGUUGAGGAUUGUGGCGAGAAGAAUUGCUUCGGCUUCUUUAGCAUCCAAGUCGACCUCGUUUCAUCUUCUGCGCUGCACAAGAGGUUUCAGCUUUGGGGUUCUUCCCGAUGGGGUGGACAGGACUUCCGAGUCGUUUUCCCGCAACUCUAUGGCUAUGGAGUCUCUCAUUUCCCAGCUCCAGUCCAACAUAAACCAAGUUUUGGCUGGAGGAGGAGAAUCGGCGGUCAAGAGGAACAGAAGCAGGAAUAAGCUGCUACCAAGAGAAAGAAUUGACCGGCUGCUUGAUCCAGGUUCUUCAUUUCUUGAGCUUUCUCAGCUUGCAGGCCAUGAAUUAUAUGAUGAAUCCCUGCCUUCUGGCGGAGUAGUUACUGGAAUAGGUCCUGUUCAUGGCCGACUUUGCAUGUUUGUAGCAAAUGAUCCUACUGUCAAGGGGGGAACUUACUAUCCCAUCACAGUAAAGAAACAUCUUAGGGCGCAAGAGAUUGCUGCUCGAUGCAGACUGCCUUGCAUCUAUCUCGUCGACAGUGGUGGUGCUUUUCUUCCGAAGCAGGCUGAGGUGUUCCCCGACAAGGAUAAUUUCGGAAGAAUUUUCUUCAACCAAGCUGUAAUGUCUGCUGAAGGCAUCCCACAGAUUGCACUGGUAUUAGGUUCUUGUACAGCUGGUGGUGCCUACAUUCCUGCUAUGGCUGAUGAAAGUGUGAUGGUCAAGGGUAAUGCAACCAUAUUUUUGGCUGGACCACCACUUGUCAAGGCUGCUACAGGAGAGGAAGUAUCUGCUGAAGCUUUAGGAGGUGCUUCCUUGCAUUGCAAAACAUCAGGAGUUUCAGACUACUUUGCUCAAGAUGAAUUGCAUGCACUAGCGCUUGGAAGGAACAUUAUCAAGAACUUGCACAUGGCUGGAAAAUGCCGAGUGGCCAAUGAAGGACAUAACUUAAGUCUCGAGUACAAAGAGCCAUUAUACGACAUAAAGGAGCUGAGAACUAUUGCCCCGGCAGACCACAAGCAGGCGUUUGAUAUUCGAUCAGUUAUUGCCCGAAUUGUUGAUGGAAGUGAGUUUGAUGAGUUCAAGAAAUUAUAUGGAACGGUGAGCAUCUCUGAGAACCCUUCGAUACCUUUCUUUGGCUUAGGCUUUGACCUUUUGAGUAACGGAAUCUCAGUUGCAUCUCUGCAGACCCUCGUGACAGGCUUUGCUAAAAUUUUCGGUCAACCUGUGGGAAUAAUUGGAAAUAAUGGAAUAUUGUUUAAUGAAUCUGCUCUGAAGGGGGCACAUUUCAUUGAACUCUGUAGUCAGCGUAACAUUCCUCUAGUUUUCCUGCAGAACAUCACUGGAUUCAUGGUUGGCUCUAGAUCUGAGGCAAAUGGUAUAGCAAAAUCGGGUGCGAAGAUGGUAAUGGCUGUUUCUUGUGCAAAGGUGCCUAAGGUAACCAUCAUGGUUGGUGGAAGCUUCGGCGCUGGAAACUAUGCAAUGUGUGGUCGUGCAUAUAGCCCUGACUUCUUGUUCCUCUGGCCAAAUGCUAAAAUAUCAGUCAUGGGCGGAGCGCAGGCUGCCGGUGUGCUAUCUCAGAUUGAAAAGGCAAACAAGAAGAAGCAGGGGAUCCAGUGGACCACAGAAGAGGAGGAAAGCUUCAAGGGCAAAGUGGUUGAAGCAUACGAGAGGGAAGGUAGUUCAUACUACUCAACUGCGAGGCUUUGGGACGACGGCAUCAUCGAUCCAGCAGACACGAGAAAAGUUAUAGGGCUCUGUAUAUCUGCUUCCAUGAACCGCCCCUCUGAAGACACCAAGUUUGGUGUGUUCAGGAUGUAA